AUGAUAAUAGAGAAAAUUGCCUUGUUUUUCCUUUCGAAGAUGUCAAUCAUCUUUGGAGAGUCAAGAUCCAUUGAAUACCCAAUGCAGUACAUCACCAGCAAAACCUGUUUGGAAGCCAGUAAGGUGUCUGCGGUCAAGCAUGACGGUGUUACAAAAGGCUUCACUGAGAGUGUUGUCUCAGUAGACAUGGGCAUAUACGACCAGCUUGAUGUAGUGAUAGAACCUUCUAGAAGCACACUUGUUGGUCAGAAUAGUAUUUUGACCAAAUUUCGAAAGUUGUUUGUUUACGAGUGGGUUGACGGUACCAGUUCAUCUGUCAACCAACUAGGCCUGGGUCCUGUAAGCGCUGUUUUAACCAAAAGGUACCACCAUAAAACCCUGAUAUGCUUCGGAGGACUGUUCACUGGUGGAGGUCUGAUAUUAUCAUCGAUCGCACCUUCGAUUGAGGUCCUGUAUUUGACAUAUGGAAUCAUUACCGGUAUAGGCUUUGAGAUGAGCUUUCCCCCAUCAGUCAUGAUGAUUGCAGUAUAUUUCGACAAAAACAGAUCAAUCGCUUCUGGUAUAUUAUUCGCCCGAGGAGGACUGGGAGGAAUGCUAUUUCCCUACCUCCUCAGGUAUCUACUGAGAGAGUAUGGACUAAAGGGUACAUUUAUUGUCUAUGGAGGUAUUAUUUUGAAUAUUUGCGUCUGUGGCCUCCUCGUCCGCCCUUUACCAGAUUUUGGAGGUCAAAAGUCAUUUGGGAUUCUGUACGUCGAGUUAUCAGAGAAAUUCCAGGCAUCCAACAGAGCUUUAUCCGUCACACAGUCCCUGGCAGGCUUUCUACAGCAAUUUCUAGUUUACGCCCUCGGAUAUGUUAUCUUUACAGGCGCCAUUAGGGACAGUACGGGAACCUGGACACCUGCAUUCCAGUUAUCGGGGGCGAUGACAUUGACAGCAGUUCUUAUCCUGGUGUUUAAAUGUCUAAAAGACCGAAAAAGGUCUAAUAAGGAAUAA